AUGGCGACACCCCUGACCUACCUCCCCUCUUUUCUAACCCCCGCCACCCGCUCCGACAUAGUCGACGCAUACGCCUGGAAAUCCUACUACCUCUCCCGCGCACACCUUCUCCCAGCAACCACCAUUCAAGAACCUCAUGUAGUCAGCGGAGAGGACGAGGAUAAUUGGCUCGACCGCGAACGAGCCACCACCAGACUCGCGGAGCAGAUUGAAGCAUAUCUCAUUGGUCUUGCUACUGAGGGUGCAGUGCCGGUUGAGCAUUCGCCAGAGGUGAUAGAGCCGAUAUGGACUACGAGAAGUCCGGUCAGGGAGGAGACCUUGGUUGAAAGGGCGCAGAGGCUGAGAAGAGAAGAGGUGGAGAACAGGAAUGGUAGAGAGGAGAAGAAGGGGGAGAAGAACGAAAGGACAUCAUGGCCCACAAGGCCAGACGAAGGACCGAAUGGAGGUGGAAGAUUGCAGCGUCACCAUUUCGAAAUGGAUUGGGUGAAAGAUGGUGAGAUGUUCUUCGCCAGGGGUAUGCAGUCGACGUCAAACCCUGGAGUUGCCACUGCUCAAACUGUGCACUGGCCGGUAUUGCCCAAAACCUCGCCUCCACCAAUACAACUCGUUCCUCGCAACCCCUACUCCACAUUCGACUCCACGCUCGAAGCCCGGAACCUAAUAGGCGAGCACACCGCGCGUAAGAUGCAAGCCGAGCGGGAUCAGCAGCAACUCGAAGCCACGAUGCCGCAUCAAGAGGCGAAGGAAAGAGCAAGGCGGGAAUUCGAAGAAGCACAAGACCAGGCGGACAUGGGGUUCCAGUUGGAUUAUGGGCUCGCAUUGCAAGAGUGGGAGAAGGCGCAUCCAGCGUGGAGUAUGGGCAAGGGGAAGGGCAGAGCUGCGACCGUCGAGGACGAGGAUGAGGAAUUGUGAUGCAGACGGGAGUCCAGGUCAAAUGACCUAGGGUGGGACGAAGCUUCUGCCCUGCCCGAUGAUGAUAGCCUGCUCGAGAACGACAAGAACG